AUGCUGUGGCUGCUGUUCCUGACCCUCUCAGGCCUGGGCGGCUCCGUGCCCUUGUUCCCAGAUCCUGGCUCAGGGAGGCCGCAGGGUGGCAUUGCGGGGACACACGAUGCCCCCACCGGGCGAUGGCCUUGGCAGGUCAGCCUCCGACGGUACAACAAGGGGCUUGAGCUGUGGCAGCACGUCUGUGGGGGCUCCCUCAUCCACCACCAGUGGGUGCUGACCGCUGCCCACUGCACCCAGCGGGAGGACCUGGAGGCUGGUGGCUUCAGGGUUCAAGUUGGGCGGAUGAGACUCUAUGACCAUGACAAACCGACAAACGUGACUCAGGUCAUCCGCCACCCCGAGUUCAACCAGAGCUUGUCUGCCGAGGGAGGUGCGGACAUCGCCCUGCUGAAACUGGAGGCCCCUGUGACACUCUCCGAGCACAUCAACCUAGUCACCCUGCCACCUGCCUCUCUAAAGGUCCCUGAGAGGAAGAUGUGCUGGGUGACUGGCUGGGGUUACAUCAGACUUGGAGCACCGCUGCCCCCGCCCUACCAGCUGCAGGAGGUGACGGUUCCCAUCGUGGAGAACCGGGUCUGUAACCAGCUCUACCAGAAUUCGUCAAACAGCUUUGGCGAGAUCAUCAAAGAUGACAUGCUGUGUGCUGGGAGCGAGGGCCAGGACUCCUGCCAGGGUGACUCUGGGGGUCCCCUGGUGUGCAGCUGGAAUUGCACCUGGGUCCAGGUAGGGAUUGUGAGCUGGGGAGACAUAUGUGGUCAUCGUGACUUCCCUGGGGUGUAUGCCCGAGUGAUGAGCUACAUUUCCUGGAUCCGGCAGUAUGUCCCUCCGUCCCCUGGAUCCUAG